GCAACACCGCAUUAGUUAGACAGUGACGGCCAAACAAAGCGUGCAGCCACAAAGUCCUAGAAGAUCCCCGCAAUGUAACGCCCAGGGCUGCGCCCUGGUCGUAACCAUUCGCUCCAUUGGCCGUCAAAGUCGCUAUGUCCAAAGCGCAGCAUUCGGGCAAGCAGGGCCCCCUGAAGGCCACCAUUCCGUUCAGUGGCGUGGUCAAGAGCGGCAGCCCCCAUGCGCCGCCCGUCAGCGCCCCCCGACUGUCCUGGAAAACAUCGGGGGCCUCACCUGACCACGUUUCCGGCCAGCGCAGCCCUGGCGCCAGCUGCCAUAAAGCUGCAGGCCGCGAGAAGGUCAGCGGCGGCGCAGCCCUGAAGACAAUGCGCCGCACUGCCUCCUUGGACACUGUCUACUUGAAGGGACAGUGGCCGAAAGACCGUCUGCAUUGGAGCCAUCUGGGGCCCCUGGAGGACUGUGAGUGGUGCGACAGGGCCAAGGGGCGUGGCCUGCAGGAGCACAGCCCCCAAACAGCCAGUUGCUUGCUGGGGCUGCGCAGCUCAGUGGAGGGCCUGAACCAGGAGAUCGAGCGCUUGGUGCUGCGCACGGGGGCGGACGCCCGGCUGCCCACCCCGGAGGGCCACCGCGCGCCCCUGGCCGAGAUGCUGCAGUCGCGCUCCGCCGACACGCAAACGCCGCAAGAUUUCGGCAACGACUCAUCCUCAGGCUCCAGCCCCGACACUGAGACCAAGCUGGGCACCUCCCCCCGAAUCAACCGGUUUCUGGCGCGCGAGCCCCCCGAUGGCUGCGAAAAGGUGCGGCUGAAGGCGUUGGACGAGCGCACCGAUCUGCUGUUGGACAGCGCGCCGCAGCCCAGCAGCUUCAAGCUGCGCCCCAGCUUGGGCUCCGCCUUCCAGAUCCUCAGCCCCCGGAUGGACCAGACGAUGUGUCAACGUCGCACCAGCGAAUGAAGCGCCGCAGGCCCGCCACUGCGCCCCCCCUUUAGGAAUAAGACAUUGAAAAAGAAACAAAUCGUGCCUUUCGGACAAUUUCGGCUCACAGGGUGUGCAACUCACGUGUUCAAACAAGCAAAAAUACUCAGGGGCGCAGCCCCGGGUUCUGUUAGGUUAGGGCCGCAUAUCUGAAUAAAGCGAGACUGAUUCAAGGCUUGGGCGAUCGAGGGAGAUUCGCGUUCAGUUUAAUAUGGCACUAAUACAUACACAUAUAUAUAUAUAAAAAUACAGACUAGUUGACUAGAAA